CACUAUAUAUAUAGAGUUGGGCGUGUUUUAUAAGACCCCCAAAAUCCCCCCGCUCUUUCCUCAGUCGCAUCUCCUCCCUUUCUCGUUAAAGCUCUAAAUUCCGAUCAAGUUCCGAUUAUCCGAUAGCUUCUUUUUUGUAACCUUCAUAUAUUCCGGACUAAACAAUCAAAUCAAAUUGGCAAUGGAAUGCGAAAACUAUUUCGCCGAUGAAUUUAAACCCGACAAGUCUUUGCCCUGUUUCGACUGCAGUAUCUGUCUCGACUUCGCUAAAGAUCCGGUGGUCACUCUAUGCGGCCACCUCUAUUGCUGGCCGUGUAUCUACAAAUGGUUAUCUUUCCCCACCGAUUCCGGCGCUAAUCCGCCAUGCCCCGUCUGCAAAUCCGAAAUAUCCCACACCUCCGUCGUCCCUCUUUACGGCCGCGGUAAAACAUUUUCCGACAACGAACCUGGCGGCAAGACUACAAACACCACCGCCGUUAUCCCGCCUCGGCCACACGCCGCCCUCUUAUCCCCGCCCAGUUCCGGCCGUCAACCACCGUACGGAAGCUUCAGUGACGGCGUCGAUGGUUACAAUCCGAAUGUAUGGAUGUACGGAGAAAUGAUUUACUCUAGGGUGUUUGGGAGUAGUAGCCCUAGGUUACGAAGGCGAGAGUUGCAGGUUGAUAGAUCUUUGAACAGAUUGACUUUUUUUCUCUUUUGCUGUUUCUUCUUGUGCCUUCUCCUUUUCUAGUCCAGGGGCAUGUUAGGGAUGAGGUAGUUGGUUGCCCUGAUUAGGUGAAGAUUAAUUUAAGAAGAAGUCAAUAUCUGACGGGUGUAUCUCUUGAAUCUCAUUGAAUAAAGAGGCAUGUUAGAUACACUCUUGAAUCUUAUUGAAUAAGAGUCGGAGGAGCAGAACCAAAUUAUUGACUAUGGUAUUAAUACAUUAUACAUUAUAGUGUUGUAUGCUUGGGAUUAUGUAUAUUUGAGAUUAUAGAUAUAGAUUAUAUAUGCUUGUUACUUGUACA